AUUAUAAUCAUCAGAUUUCUUUGCUACUCGAAUUCCAGUGUAUUUUUCUUACAAGUUCCCGCACAGCACAGCACAAACAACCCAGAAUAAUGGCCAAUGCUGGUGGUAUCGUAGUUGCUUUUCUUUCUCUCUCAAAGGAAUCCUGUGUCGAUCAGUUAAUUGAACGUAUUAAUACAAAACAUGGACUGCAUUGUACUUUUGUGAAACUUACACAUCGGGACUUACAGUCCUUUGUGCCUCAAGAUGAGUAUGACGCUGUGGUUCUGUUACAUUCAAUUUCACAAGGUCGUAACUCCAUCACUGAUGUUGCGGACGCUAAAUACAACAAACUGCUGCUCAAGCUAAAGGAAACAUAUGGUCCUGAUCGUGUGGGUGUCAUUGUUCAUUCCAUGACCAGUUACAGCCCAGUAUCAAAGAGCGCCCUCAUGAUGGUUUUUAAAAAGUCACAGCCAACAACUUUCAAGUGUUCUCACUGCGUCAUCCAAUGUAACAACCCGGCAACUAUGGAAGAUGAACACAUCUCGCGCCUUAUUGAGUUCCUUAAAAAUGCACCGCAUCAUGAAAAACCGAAGCCUCUCCUAGAAGGGUCUACAUCCGCAGCACGAUUGAGUGAAGCAACAACAACGAAUAUGCCCAGACCUAAGCAAUCGCAUUCGUCGGGGAAAAUCCCAGAAACUAAAUCUACUUCGGCUUCAUCGCACAAAAAUAGUGUAACGAGACACGAGGGUAGUUCUGAUAAUGAGAAUACUGCUUUGCAAAUUACACGUGGUAAAGGAGAAGGGCAAGAGGUUUUAGAGCACACGGCUGUUAGUGCUCGUAGCGAAAGGAAGACUCAGGAAGCUAAGGAAGACUCAACUUCCGCUGCUGACGCACCGAUGGAGAUAAAGGACUCUAAAGAGGAGACUGAGGUUCUUCCGUAUAUAGGGUCAAGUAGAAUUCCUCCCGCCACUAUUGAUAGACAUAUGUCUCCUAUAAAAGCUGGCAAAGCAGAUAUGUCCUCACUUCCACGUCCAUUGUCACAAGAUCCUCAUCAGCCUUCCGUUAGCCUAAUUGGCUCGGGAUCAUACAUUGAGAAAGCAGGAGGAAGUGAUUCUUCAGGACCUUCCCAGCAUCGCAACACAACUUCAUCCGGCGAUGCCUACUCGUCAGCAGCCGUCAAAGGAUAUCCCCAACCGAACAGCCAUGGUUACGGACAAGCGACUUCAGCAAUGACGCAACCAUCUGCGCCAUCGAAGUCAACUGUAGACCAGCGUGUAGACCAAGUGAUGGCAAGUAAGCAGAGGAAUAUAGACGAAAAGUGUCUCCUUCUGGCCUUCUUGGAUUUCUCUCGUAGUGUAAACCAAUCAGUUUCGGAUGCUGUUAAAGACCUCUUUCCUCAAAAGACACUGAUGCGGUUUGGCGGCUGGAAAGAACUAAAACGCAACUGGCAUUUGUACACGGCCAUUCUUAUCGACGUUGGGACAUCACCAAAUCCCCUACCAUAUAAAGAAUUUGAUAAAGCUUUGAUGGCUUGUCUGAAAAACACGUAUAACAGACAAAAUGUCGCUGUCUUGUUGCCGGCCACUCCUACAAGCCCCAUCUCAGAGCCUGAGAACCGCUUUUAUCGCCUCAUUUCGUCCUCAGGAGUCUGCUACUUUCGCUACUGCCCGAAGUCAGGAACAUUUAGUGACGAUGCCAAAACGAAUCUGGUGCAUUGGCUUAGCGACUGUUCCCUCAGACACGGUGGUUACUUGCAUCCGAAGGAAAGUGACGACAAUUACUACUGUGGUAGUUUCAUUUAGAUUUUCUUUGUUUAUAUAGUUUAAACAACUUUUGUGUUGAAGUUUCAGUAACGGUAACGGUUUAAUAGGUAAGUUUCCCAGUCACUAUAAAUACAGACGCCGCAGCCACUUUCCAGAACUAAAACGCAGAUACUCUUUUCUGUUUUGUCAAAAAAGCCCUUCAAAGACGAAACAGCCUUCGCCAAAAAUCGGUGAAUCUAAAUGGUCGUGAAAUCUUGACAAACGACAAAAUUAUUUGCAAUUCUUCGUACGGUCCGAGUAUUCGGGCAAUCUGCUGUCCCGGUCCACCAACUUUCGACAGAAAACCUCUCAGCUAUCGAUCGUGAUUUGACUUGCAUUUUCAAAGGAACUGGUGCGUUGUAGAGAGCAUCGAACACUCCCUAUAGUUGGCGCGAAAACAUUGUAGGAGGAAGGAUAGAGUUUGUUUGACAAUAGGUCCAUUGCAAGGGAGCGUUUCAUAAAACAAAUAUCUAGUGAUCUAUCCCCAGUAUUUUUCAUAGGCCUUUGAUAUCAUAUAACCUGAUUGGCAUUAACCAAAUUAGUCAGUGAAAAGUGCAGUCUUUUUGUCUAUCAUGAAAUGCUCGACAGACGUUGCUACUCUUAUUCACCUUUUUGCGCAUAACCGUUCCAAAUUUUGCGUAAAACAUGUGUACGCUAUUAGUAAUACAAAUUCUUUCUUAUAAUUUGUACUAAAAAAAAAAAAGAAAAGGAUUUGAUGUACUUGUUAAUGAAAAGGGUUUGUUUUGCAUUGAUUUAUCGUUUGCCAUUUUCAUUUGUCAUUUUACUUUUAUUUAUACGAGAAUCACUUAGUGAUAGUUUAGUUAACAGUUUAAUCAAAAAAAAAAAUAUUGAUGCUUUAAAAAGCAUCUAUAAUGGCCAAAGAGAGGUGAAGUGGCAAAAUAGCAGAAAUGUAUUAGGAUUAAAAUGAUUUAUUUCAGGGUAAUGAUGAAACUCACCCUGGAAAAGUAGAGAUUCUCAUAAAUUGUUGUAUUUCAUCAUAGAGAGCUAGGUGGUGUGGGGGAUGCCCCCCCCCCCACAAAAAAAAAGUUUUCAAGUGGAGGAGAUGCUGUGUACAAUCAUCCCCCACUACCGAGGUUUUAUGGUUUAGAAAUAUUAUCAUUAUCAUUACGAUUAAAUUAAAAUUAAUUGAUUUUCAUCAUCGCUAGUUAUAUUCUUUGAUAAAGAAUGAGUUGGAAUUUUGUAUGUACACACUUUUGCUAAUGAACACACAAACUGACGUGUAAUGGGGGGGGGGGGGGGGCAAUAAAAAAGCUCCAUGACCAAGGAAAAACCAAGAAAAGAAAAAAUGAAAUAGUGAUGUACAAACUGUAUAUUUAUCAUAUGAAUAUAAUGCUUAUAUCUAUGGCAUAAUCAUGAUUAUCAUUUUAAAGAGGUCGAUAUUUUUUGGUUUGCUCGCUUCACUUGCUCGCCAAUUUUAGAAUCCCAUAUGCCAGUUUUGCACACUAAAAAUGUUUGGCUCGAUUCGCCAAAACUUUGGGAAGAAGAAUGAUGAUGACCAAAAUGUUACAAAUAUUAUAUGACAAUUUUUUAGUUAAUUUCUUUCACACCUCAACUGUUUCGGGGCACAUGCAUUAAUGGAAUGAAAUUGAAGCGCGACGUGCACACUUGGAGGAUUAAACAAAACUAAAUAUAUCGCUGUAAUUUACUAAAUUUCUAAAAUGCACAUUUUGAGCGUGGUAAGAUGGUUUAUUUUAUUACUCACUUCAAAGAAAUCUAUAUUCAAUUUGAAAGAUAUACUCUCGUAUCAAGCUUAGUUUGAAAAUGUAGUUUGAAUUUAUUACGUUAUUGACUAACUUAGUUUGCCAUCUUUUACGCAAUAAUGCGUAUUUCAUUGUUCAGGUCAAUCAAAUGUCUUGCGCAAUACUCGUUUCAAAGCUUAUUCCAUAUGGGGAUAGAAAUAUACAAAAAACGGAAGAGAGAGUCAAAUACAUUAUUACCGAAAUAGCUCUCAGUAAGUAUAGGCCUAUAUAACAUUAACAGACUUAUCAAGUAUUAGGGACUUAAAUUGAAAUAAAAGCUUGUAUGUAAUAUACCCGGGUAAAUAUGUUAAUGUUAGACAGCAAUAACACAUUGUAAUGUUGAUUACUGACAUGUAUCAGAAAAUAAAUUACUCCGGUUCCAUCCUGGUAGCCUUUUUUC